AUGACUGUAGUGCAAAUAUAUCCAGAAAAUUAUCCAAACCCAAUUCAUGCAUAUUUGGGAAUACCGUAUGCUUUACCACCAAUCGGAAGUCGGCGAUUUGCUCCGCCAGAAAAACAUCCGGGGUGGAACAAAACAUUAUAUGCAGCAAACAUACCACCAAAUUGUCCACAUUUACCUUCAAAGAGGUCAUCUGCGAUCGAACAGCAUCAGUCACGUUCAUACGAUUCCGAUACUCAAAGUGAAGAUUGUCUUUACUUAAAUAUUUGGACCCCUGUGAUAUCAAAACGCAUGAUGAACACCAGAAUUCCAGUGCUUGUAUUUUUUGAUGGAAAUCACUAUACAAAUGUGAAUGACCUACAUCCAAUCCCUGGACAAGAUUUGGCCGCUGAAGGAAUUGUUGUGAUCACAGCAAAUUAUCGUUUAAAUGUUUUUGGUUUUUUAUGUUUUGGCAAUCAUGAGUCACGCGGUAAUAUGGGUCUGUUUGAUCAAUAUAUGGUCUUAUUGUGGAUACAAGAAAAUAUUAGCCAAUUUGGUGGGGAUCCAAAUAUUGUUACGUUUAUGGGGUAUUCCUCUGGCGCAACUAGUAUUUUGUAUCAUUUGACAUCUCCAAGAACUAAGGAUUUAUUCUCACAUGUGAUAUUAAUGUCGUCGGAUAGCAGUGCAUUAAUCAAUAAUUAUGAAUAUUUAUCAUAUCAAGAACAUGUAAUCAAUAAUUCAUUACAGAUUGCUCAAAAAGUCGGGUGUCCAAUCAGUGAUCAACGACACACGUUGCAAUGCUUACGCUAUAAUACAUCUACUCAAAAAUUAUUAUCAGCCUUUGAGGGAAUAUAUUCUAACAACGAAAAGGCUCAUAAUAAUUACAUACCAAUGCUAGGACCGAUAGUUGAUAAUUUUUUACCAUCAAAAGAUCAAUACAUUAUUCAAAAUCCACUAGAAGCAUUUAAACAUGGACAAUUAUGGAAUAUUCCAAUAUUAAUUGGAUUCAAUAACUUAGAAGUGAUUAAUGUGUUGUACGAUGCACCGAUUAUUGAACAAAUCAAAUUGAUUCAGAAGACAACACAGCCCAUUUAUUUUUAUAUAUUUACAUAUUCCGAUGCUUAUGACUUGAAUGUGUAUCAUUUUAACUUUACAGGUUCGAUACAUGGCAAUGAUCUUCCCUAUUUAUUUGGACCAACAUUAUUUCAACAAAUAACCCGUCGUAGACCCAAAAUUAUUGAGAAAUAUUUAAUGAAACAAAUGAAAGCGUUAUGGUCAAAUUUUAUUAAAAUUGGGCAUCCAACCGUACAAGUGUUCAACACAUCACAAUGGCGUCCUUUCAAUGACAACUCAUACAUACAAAUAAUUGGAGCUUCUUCUUUAUCACAGAAUCAAUUUGAGCCAAACGACAAAACAAAUUUUAAUGUGGACCUCUAUUUACAUGACAUCACUUUUUGGAAUGAUUAUCUUAUCAAAUUCAUACGAGAUUCUUAUCAGUUAUGUAAAUUAUCGUCAUCUUAUUUUAUUCAAAAUAAUUUUACUAUUGAUGCAUUCAAGAAUAAUAAUCAUCACACACAAAUCUAUAGACAUGCAACAUAUACACUGACCGGACUCGUGAUUGCGUUACUAAUUCUAUUGUUUAUAUGCAUUGUUUUAAUUAAACAACGGUCAAAAGAAAGAUUUAAUAAUAUCGAUUUUUAA